ACGAAUUCGAUGAUGAUGAUGGAGAUGCACUUUCUCUUUCGCUCCUUUGCUCUAUAAGGCAAAAUCGAACGCCUAGGUAUCACGACACUAGAGGGCACUCGGCAGAUUCACGAUGAGCCGUAACAUCUUCGCGUAUGUGUGUGUGUGUGUGACUGGUGACCAAUUAGGUGGCAGCAAACUGUGUUUCUCGUUCCUCCACCUGUAUAAGCUCACCUAGAAGAGCCUGUACAAGUAGCUGCUCGGCAGAGUCCGAUAGCCGUGUGGAAACAGCGCCAUUUAAGGGUAGAAAGCGAAGCGAGAUGGAGAGACAUCAACGGCGGAUGACUUGACGUGAGGUGAACUUCCUGUUUAUCUGAAGGAACAUGGCACAGAAUUGCAGGAUAAUAUCACCGUAACGUAACCGAUCACGUGUGAAAGAAACAAUGCUCUGAUGUUUAUAUAGUAAUCCUUGCUAUGUGGCAGGGUUCUAACGUCGUCUUCCGAUGUCACACCUUGUUCUCCCUCAUCCUGCUGUCUAGCACGACUGUCGGUCUUCCUUCUCCCAGUCUCCGUAUUGUCGCCAUAGAAAACCAGCAAAAUGUACAGUUUCUCGAUAAUAUUUUUAAUACGGUGUUACAGAGAUGGGAAUAUUUGAACGAUAACCUUACAAUCAAUUACGAGAUCGUGAGUGAUACUGUGGAUAGCGGUGGAUUUUACCCCCUAGUGAAGGCUUUGACACGAGAUGAUGUGCACGCUGUUAUAGGGAGUGUCGCGGACCACGUGUGCGAAGCAUCAGCCGCUCUAGCAAGUUAUCAUAAAAAACUUUAUAUAUCUUGGGGUUGCCCCGGUUUCCAGACGUCAAAAUACCGUACUUUCGGUAGAAUAGUGCCUCCAGUACAACAGAUUGCAGUUUCCAUGGCUGCUCUGUUACGUACCUUUCGAUGGAAGUAUUGCAUAUUACUAGCAACUCCGGAGCAGAGUUGGUUUCGAAUAGCUGUCGAAGUUGAUAAAUUUUUGAGAUCCGUAGGCUACGUCGUCAAAGAUAUUAUAGUUUUUAAAAAUUACUCCGAAGAACACAUACAACAAAAAUUAAGGAAAAUCGUUCCUCCUGUCAAGGCUAUCAUAAUGGUGAUGGACUUGAAUUCCCCACUUACAAAGAACGUCUUAAUCGUUGCACAAGAAAUGAAUUUGAGUGAUGGAAGAUUUGCAUUUUUUCUUCUUCACGUACUUUCCACCCUUAAACCGGGGGUUGCACCCAAACUUGCUCAAAUAGCGCCUUCGAUGCUCAGAGCUUUGUUUGUGAUCACCACUCUCGACUGGAAUAUCCACACAAAUCCGGAAAUACUCUCCAACCGAACUAGUGUUGAUUUUAUUGAAUCGUAUGUACGCCGUUACGAUGCAAUAUCGUUACUAUUCUCCAUUUUGAAAAAGAUUACGGAGGAUAAAAUUGAUCUGCUCAGUUCUAAUACGAAUCUCUCAAAGUACCUGAAUCGUAUCAAAUAUCCUACAUUAUGGGGCCAAGCAGAAACGACAGAAAAUGGCGAUCGUCUCGUUCGGUUGUUACUUUUCGAUUACAAUCCGUCAUAUUCAGAAUUUACAAUGUUGACAGAUUUACAAGACGUACGUAAAAGUUACUGGAUGCAAAGCGUUGACUGGCCGGGUGAAAGCCCUCCAACUGAAGAUGCUCUUUGCAUUUUUCAAGAUGCUGACUGCACAAUACCUAUCGAAGAUUCGAUAGUUUCGGGUAUUGACGUGAUAGCAGUAACUGUGCCCAUUGUUGCAUUCAUAAUCAUUGCUCUGGGGAUUGCGGCUAUCGUUAGAAAGAAAUUACUUUAUAAAGAAAUGAGAAAGAAAAUUUUAAUGACGACUGAAGAUCUUGUGAUAACUCAACAAAUUAGAAAGCCAAUAACUAAAGGAUAUAGUUUCGAAAAACCAGAUAUCUUAAGGGGUUCUCACGAUUCUUUAAAACCCCCUACGUGUUUGAGUUCGAGUCAAAGUCGAAGAGUUAGCACAGAAGAAAACAUGAAUUGUGCCAGACUAAACGGCGAUAUUGUAUAUUUGAAAUACUUAGUCAUCAAUUCACCUUUCGAACUAAAACGUAAAGCUAUGCAACAAUUAUGCACGACGUACGAAUUAAGAAACGAAAAUUUGAAUCCAUUUUUGGGUUGCUUGGCUGAUAGUCAAAGGCCUGCUCUAGUUUGGGAGUAUUGUUCUAGAGGUAGCUUAUACGAAGUGUUAGCUAGAGAAGACAUAAAGCUGGACUGGGCUUUCAAACUAUCACUGCUAACUGAUUUAGUUCGAGGGAUGCGUUAUUUGCACAAUUCGACAGUUAAAUGUCAUGGAAGACUAAAUUCUAAAAAUUGUAUUAUCGACAGUCGUUGGGUUUUGAAGAUUACUGAUUAUGCUCUCCCUGCUUUCUUUCAAUGUCAAGGACUUCCUGUUCCUCAACUUCCUGCUAAAGAAUUAUUAUGGUAUGCUCCAGAAUUAUUAAGAAAUCCGGAUCUCUUGAUGCAAGGAAGUCAAACUGGUGAUGUUUAUGCCUUUUCUAUCAUCCUUCAGGAAGUAUUAGUGCGAGGUGAACCUUAUUCUAUGCUUCAACUCACGGCCGAAGAAAUUAUUGAAAAGUUAAAACAUCCUCCACCUCUCAUACGACCUUCUGUAUCUAAGCAAACGGCUCCACCCGAAGCUAUAAACAUUAUGAGGCAAUGUUGGGCAGAGUUACCAGAUAUGAGGCCCGAUUUCAAUCAGAUCAACGACCAAUUCAAAGUACUCAAUCACGGAAGAAAAAUCAAUAUUGUAGAUACAAUGUUUCAAAUGUUAGAAAAAUACUCGAAUAAUUUAGAAGAUUUGAUACAAGAGAGGACCGUUCAAUUAGACGAAGAGAAGAAAAAAACCGAACAGUUGUUACAUCGAAUGCUACCGAGUACCGUGGCUGAAAACUUAAAGCUGGGUUUACCUGUACAACCAGAAAAAUUUGAAGAAGUGACCAUCUACUUUAGUGACAUUGUUGGUUUUACUACAAUCUCGGCUUAUAGCGAACCUAUGGAGAUUGUUGAUUUAUUGAACGAUCUAUAUACGGCCUUUGAUAGCACUAUCAAUCACUACAAUGUAUAUAAGGUGGAAACUAUAGGUGAUGCUUAUAUGGUGGUAGGCGGUUUACCCGAAAGAAUUGAUGACCACGCUGACCAAAUAGCCACUAUGGCUCUAGAUUUAUUAUAUGUUUGUGGCAAGUUUCGCAUUAGACAUAUGCCGACCGUUCCUCUAAUGCUGCGUAUAGGGUUACAUACAGGGCCUGUCGUGUCGGGAGUUGUUGGUUUAACAAUGCCUCGCUACUGUUUAUUCGGUGAUACUGUCAACACAGCUUCUAGAAUGGAAUCUACUAGUAGCGCGUAUCGGAUUCAUAUGAGUCAAACCACUGAGAAGAAACUACGUAUACUCGGGGGUUAUCAAAUCGACUAUAGAGGAAAAAUAGAAUUAAAGGAAUUGUGUUUAUAA